GAAGCGAAUAAAUGAGAGAAAACAAGAAAGAAAAGUCAAGCAUUUAGGUUAUUUCUUGGGAACUCAGUGUAAAACUAAAGUAUAUUCUUCAAGAUUCAGCUUUACAUUAGAUUUUAAUCUGUGUUAAUACUCCUAAAGUCUACAGCACUCUGCCCGAUUAAUAUGGGCCAAAAUCAAUCAGCUGGAGGAGGAACUGGGGGAGAUAAAAAAGACGACAAAGAAAAGAAGAAGAAAUAUGAACCACCAAUCCCUACUCGAGUUGGAAAGAAGAAGAGGAAAACUAAAGGCCCAGAUGCUGCAACAAAACUACCCCAAGUCACACCGCACACUAGAUGCAGGCUGAAGCUACUUAAACUAGAAAGGAUCAAGGACUACCUUUUGAUGGAGGAAGAAUUUAUUCGCAAUCAAGAAAGAUUGAAGCCCCAGGAAGAAAAGAACGAGGAAGAGAGGUCGAAAGUUGACGACCUGAGAGGAACGCCGAUGUCUGUAGGAACGCUGGAGGAGAUCAUCGACGAUAACCACGCAAUAGUGUCCACCUCAGUCGGCAGUGAGCAUUACGUCAGUAUACUCUCGUUUGUCGACAAAGACCAGCUGGAGCCUGGGUGUUCUGUCCUAUUGAAUCACAAGGUACAUGCUGUGGUCGGUGUGUUAUCCGAUGACACAGAUCCGAUGGUUACAGUUAUGAAACUUGAGAAAGCACCUCAGGAGACGUACGCAGAUAUAGGAGGUUUGGAUCAACAGAUCCAAGAAAUAAAGGAGUCAGUAGAACUGCCGCUGACCCAUCCGGAAUAUUACGAGGAGAUGGGCAUCAAACCACCCAAAGGAGUUAUAUUGUACGGACCUCCAGGCACAGGCAAGACCUUAUUGGCCAAGGCUGUGGCCAAUCAGACCUCCGCCACCUUCCUCAGAGUCGUCGGCUCCGAACUUAUCCAGAAAUAUUUGGGUGAUGGUCCGAAGCUGGUAAGAGAGUUGUUCCGAGUAGCGGAGGAGCACGCACCCUCCAUCGUGUUCAUUGACGAGAUCGACGCGGUCGGCACCAAGCGUUACGACUCCAACUCUGGUGGCGAGAGAGAGAUCCAACGAACAAUGUUGGAGCUUCUCAACCAACUGGACGGCUUCGACUCAAGAGGAGAUGUUAAGGUUGUUAUGGCAACCAACCGCAUCGAGACGCUCGACCCAGCCUUGAUCAGACCUGGUCGUAUUGAUCGCAAGAUAGAGUUCCCACUUCCCGAUGAGAAGACUAAACGUCGCAUCUUCAAUAUUCACACGUCCCGCAUGACCUUAGCCGAGGGUGUCAAUCUCAACGAGCUCAUCAUGGCCAAGGAUGACUUGUCAGGAGCGGAUAUUAAGGCCAUCUGCACUGAAGCUGGGUUGAUGGCUCUGAGAGAGCGAAGAAUGAAGGUGACUAACGAAGACUUUAAAAAGUCAAAAGAAAGCGUCCUCUACCGGAAGAAAGAAGGCACACCAGAGGGCUUAUAUCUCUAAGUUUUUGUAUUUUUGUUCUGUCAUAAAAAUAAAUUAUUAAUUUGGUAAUAUCAUAA